AUGAGUGGAUAUGACAUUUAAUAAUAGCUUAAUGCAGCUUUAGUUACCUUAAAAAACAGCAAAACUUAAUAUAAUUAAGUAAAUUGUAGUGAUGAUUACUAUUAUGUAACUAAACGUUAUGCUGAAUUAGUUCCAAUUGGUCAUGAUAAUACCUAGUGCUUAUAUCCAGGAUGCUCUUCAAUUGUUUGUCAUGAAGGCUGUGGAGUGGGAGAUAAUAAAAAAUCAUGCAGUUGCAUGGAGGAAAGAGAUGGAAGUUGGUAUUGUACAGUAUGCAAACAUGAGUACACUUAACAUAAUAAUUAGACACACAGGCAAGUCAUUAGAGAAGUUAAGGAGUAAGUGAAAAACGAUAAAACUUAAUUGUUGAAAAAAUUACAGGAAUAAAUUUACUAAAAUUUUAAAAUUGUAGAACAUUUAUAAGCAUAAUUACCCAAUCCUAUAACCUUCUUAAAUAUAAAUAAAUAAAAUAAUAAAGAUUUAGAGCCUAGCUAGUAAAAAAUAAUUUAGGCAUAAGUAAAAUAAAAAAAAUAAUGUAAUUUAACCUAGAAGUAGAUUGCAGUAGCUAGAUAGCUAGUAGAUAAGAAUAAAAUGGAGCAGCUUGGAUUUAAAGAAGAUGUAGAAUACACAACUUUGGAUUCAGUUUACAUCAAGAAAAAAUCUCCUAAGCUUGUUUCUUACUUAAGAGGUGAAAUUCCUUAAGAACUAAAAGGUUAAUAAGAUGACGAAUUCAAUAAAUAAGCACUUUGCAAUUAUGCCUAAUAAGAUGCAGUUGAAUCAGUUGAAAAAUUAAUAAAGGUUUAUAAAUAUGAUGUUAAUUAUAUUCCACCAAACUUAGGAAAAGCUCCAAUUCAUAUUGCUGCAGAGGCUGGAAAUUUAGAUACUGUAGAUUUUUUAAUUAAGAAUUAGGCAGAUAUAAAUUUAGUUGAUAAUAAUAAUAAAAAGCCUUAUCAAUUAGCUAAAAAUCCAAAAGUAAAAGAAAGAUUGGUUAAUGAGUAUAAUUUCAUAACUAAAUAAAAAUCAGUUUUUCAGAAAUUGAAUGAUUUUAAGUCAUUUAUAGACUAAAUAGUGUAGAAUGAAAGGCAAGAUUCAUAAUAUUACACUGAUUUAAUAAAUAUGAUUAAUUCUGAUACAAAUGAUAAAAAAGAUCUAGUAGCUGAAAUAUCCUCAAAGGUAGAAGAAAUAUUUGAAAGAAUUAGCUAAUAAGUGAAUAAUUACUAAAGGGAUAUUGUUUAAAAAUGUAAGGAAAUGGUUUCAGAUAUUUAUUUAUUAGGAGAAAACCCAAAGGAGCUUAAAUAAAUGCUUCAGAAAAUCUAAGAAGAAGUUAAAUUUGAUAAAUGUGGAGAAAUUGAAAGUAUCAAAUAGAAAGAGAUUUAAACUGCAGAAGAUUAUAAAAAGUAUCUUGAGUAAUUUGAAGAAAGGUUGAGAGGAAUCUGUUCAUAAAACGUAGAAGAAAAAAACAUUGAGAUGGAUUUGUUUGUUAAAAAUUAUAACUUGCUUAGAAACAACACUAAUAUGUUAAUUAAAUAUCCUGCUAUCAUAUUUGAGAGUAGUUAAUCAAGCGAUCUAUACAAAUAAGUAAGUUUGCAUAAUUUUCAAAAUUAUAAAUUGAAUAAAGUUGAAACAUUUGAAUAAUUGAUAGAGGAUAUACAAUGCAAACACAAUUAUAAUUUUACACUAUUGAUAAAUACAGAUCUAAAUUAGUAACAGAUUAAUAUCUUAGAUUAGAUGGAUAAGUUAAAUACAUAAAAUUAACCAGUAUUGAGGAAAAUAUUUUUAGUUGGAAGAAAACUUGAAAAUAUUUAAGUUCCAGAGAAAUUGUAAGAAAAGUUAAUGUGCGUAAGCAAAAACUCAAAGGUCAUUAAUCAUUUAUUUUAUGAUGACAAAAAUUUGAAAAUUUAAGGAAUGAUACCAUCUGAAAUGUUAUUUUUAUUUAUUAAUAAUUCAAGUAGCUAAGAUAUAGUCCUAUAAAGCACUCCAAUUAGCAAAAAUGAAAUUGAGCUUUUUAAAACAUACGAAGAAUUUUUAUAAUAUAAUACAAAAAUUUGUGAAGAAAUUAAUAUCUCUAUGUUCCUCCGUUAAAAUAACAGUGCUAUAAAUUUGUAUAAAGCCAAUGUUUCUAGAUGGAUAAACUACAUAAGUAGUGAAAACAAAAAAUAAUAUGAAGAUUGGCAUAUAAAUAAAUAAGAAACAAUUGGCUUAAUGAAUUCUUAUACUUAAGGACCAUUUUGCUACUUUUUAAAUGUAGGAAUUAAUUUGGGUGACGAAAAAAUAUUUUAAUAUCUUUCAAGAUAAAUUUUACUUCUAAAUUACUCCAUUUAAAAUUAUGAUGAUAGAAAACCUUAGGAUUAAUAAGAUGAUCUUAUUUUUUACAGAACAAUAGGAAUGGAUAGCUAAUUAGAGCUUGAUUAAGUAUAUAAUUAAUAUAAUGAAAAUUAGAUUUUUUAUUUUCCUGCAUUUACAUCAUCUUCUUCUAAUGCUGAAUUUAGUGAAAAAUGGAUGAAAUAAAAUGAUAGAAAUUAUUAUAUUAUGUUUAAUAUUUACAUAAAAAAAUAAUAUAAUAUUCCAUAUCAUCAAAGACCUAAAUAUUUGGAAGAAAUUAGUUUAUUUAAGGGAUAGAAAGAAUUCUUAUUUCCUUUCUUUUCUAAAUUCUAAUGUAUUAGUAAAGAAAUUAAAAAUAAGAAUAAUAAAAAAGUGUAUGAAAUAACUAUUGAAUAAAUCCCAAAAUGA